AUGAGUGUUCUAGUGCAAGACACAAACACUUAUUCGCCGGUUGAUUAUGAUCCUACAGCCCGGGUCUUAAGAAAAGUGACAAAGCUCAUUAAUGAAAAUAAAGCGAUCUUGCCAAAUAAACGCUUAAUUCCCUCAUGUACUCAGGCACCAAAAUUGUACGGACUGCCGAAAAUUCAUAAGGAAGGGUAUCCUAUGCGACCGAUAGUGAGCCAAAUAAAUGCUCCGUGUUACAAUUUAGCAAAGCAUUUAGUUGAAGUUUUCAAACCAUUAAUUGGGUCGACAGAACACCACGUAAAGGACUCUUCACACUUUGUGUCGAUUCUCGGUAGCUUAAGACUCGAAGAGGAUGAAGUAAUGGUGAGCUUUGACGUCACAUCACUUUUUACAAAUGUACCUGUGCAGGAGGUGCUGACUGUUAUCAGGGAACGUUUACCAUCUACCAGCAUCAACGACAACUACAUGCCGCUCCUGGAGUACUGUCUAUCCUCGGGCUAUUUUUGUUUCAAUAAAAAGUUCUAUUUACAAGUGGACGGGGUUGCCAUGGGUUUACCUUUAGCACCCCUUGUCGCAGAUUUGUGGAUGGAAUAUUUUGAAACAAAAGCCCUAAAUGAUUUUCUAGAGAAACCCAAAAUAUGGUUGAGGUAUGUGGAUAACACGUUCUGCAUCCUCAAAAAGUCAAAUAUUGUGAGUUUCUUCGAACAUCUGAACUCUCAACAUCCAAAAAUUAGUUUCACCAUGGAGAAAGAAAAAGACAAUUCCAUUGCAUUUUUGGAUGUGAAAGUCAUUAGGAAAAUAAAUGGUACAUUAGGGCACACAGUAUAUAGGAAAGAAACGCACACUAACAGAUACCUACAUGCAACAUCGCACCACCACCCAGCGAAUUUAAGGUCUGUGGUUUCGACACUAGUUCAGCGCGCUCACAGAAUUUGUGACGAAGAACAUCUGACGGCUGAGCUAAAUUUGGUGGACAAUGUUCUCCAGGCGAAUGGAUAUUCGAAGAAACAAAGAACGUGGAAACCAAAGGUGUCACAGGAGAGGGAAGAAAGCAACCUGGACAAAAAAGCUUUCUUACCAUAUGUCAAGGGGGUGACAGAUAGAGUUGGCAAGGUAUUAAAAAGAUAUAUAGUAAAAUCCAUAUUUAUGCCACCAAAAAAGAUAAAAAACUAUCUCCAGUCACCAAAGGACCAAUUUCCUUUGCAAACACCAGGCAUGUAUGCUGUUCCUUGUAGCUGUGGGUCGUGUUACGUUGGACAAACACAAAGAAGCAUUGCCACUCGCUUAAAAGAGCACAUAAGUGCGGUUAGCAAAAGCCAACGGGAAAAAUCGGCAAUUUGCGAGCACUUAUUGGACAAUCCAGACGAACACCACUGGAUACACUUCGACCAAGCGAAGGUGUUAGCUCAAGAGUCGCACUACAUUCCACGGCUGGUACGCGAGGCGAUUGAAAUAAAACGCCACAAAAACUUCAAUCGUGACGAUAGUUUUAAACUUUCGCGUUCGUGGGAUACCGUCAUCAACACCUCACGGUCAUCCCAAGUUGAAGUGAUAACACCCCGUGAUGUAGUGACCAUUGUUUGCUCCCAACAAAUUCAAACUCAAGAAGAACCCCAACAACAACAACAACAACCAGAGUUAGAACGGCCUACACACAAAUACAACUUGCGGAGCCGAUCUAACCAACUUUAACAUUUUAUGGCAGUUUCCCGGUGACCACGCUCAAUGAAAUUUGAUGCGAAACGUUCGGGGUGAGUACAAAAGUACUUUCUUUGUUUAUAAAAAACGCGGC